AUGGCAGCGAUUGCGACGGCUUCCAUCCCCGAGGCUCAGAAGCAGGAGCUUCUCUGCACCUAUGCCGCUCUCAUUCUCAGCGAUGACAACAUGGAAGUGACGGCAGAGAACAUCCAAAAGCUCGUCACUGCUUCCGGCAACACCGUCGAGCCCUACAUGCCGACCCUGUUUGCUCGCGCGCUCGAGGGUCAGAAUAUCACCGAGCUGAUCAGCAACGCCGGCUCCUGCGCUGCUGCUGCACCCGCGGCCGCCGCCCCCGCUGCUGGCGAUGCUCCGGCAGCUGGAGCUGCCAAGGAGGAGAAGAAGGAAGAGCCUGAGGAGGAGGAAGACGACAUGGGCUUCUCUCUCUUCGAUUAA